AUGAAUAGCAAAAAAAGUGCCUUUUGUUAUUUAACUCGUACACCCGAUUCUGAAAUAAUUCAAUUUGCUGAACAAUUAGCACGAGAUUCUCGUUCAGCUUCCAAUCUGGAUAUUUAUAUUAUGAUCGAUGAUAAUAAUUUUCAGAUACAACCAAAUUCAUUAGUAAAUUUUAUACAAAUAAAUAAUAAUGAAUGUAUAUCAAAUGGUUAUCAUUCAUCAAAUAAAAUUGACAUGAAUAAAGAUUGUAUAUCAUGGGAUAAAGCUUUAUAUUAUUUUUGUCAAAUAAAACGAAAUGAUUAUUCAUUUGUAUGGUUAAUUGAAGAUGAUUCAUUUAUUCCAUCAGUUGAUGCAUUUUUUCUCUUACAUAAUAAAUAUUCAAAUGAAAAUACUGGUGGUGAUUUAAUUUGUCAAAAAAAUGAUGAAAAUCUAUAUGGUGAUACAUCAACAUGGAAAUGGGCUGAUGUUGUUGGAAAAUUUUCACCACCAUGGUAUCAUUCAAUGAUGUGUGCUGUUGGUUGUAGUCGAAGAUUAUUAGAUGCAAUUGCUAAUUAUGUUAAACAAAGACGUUUUCUUCCAUUUAUUGAAUAUAUGUUUAAUACAAUAGCUAUGCAAAAUCAUAUGAAAGUUAUUAAUCCACCAGAAUUAAGUACAAUUGUAUAUCGAGAAAAUUGGACAAUGGAACAUGUUCGUCAAAGACCUAAUAAUUGGUUUCAUCCUUUUAAAAGUGAACAAAUUAGACGAGAGAUUCGUUCACAAGUGGCAAAUGCAUGGAAAACGCCUUCACAUAAUGUUGAACAUACAGGAAAUACAGGUGAUGGAGGAUAUACACAAUAUCAAGGACAAAUGCCUCAAUAUCCUUAUUUUAUGCCACCAACAUAUAAUUUACCACCGAAUAGUGGAAGUGUUCUUCCACAACUUAUUUAUCCUCCUAAUAUGCCUCCUCCUUAUCCAACUUCUAUGCCUCCUUCUUAUCCUCCUACUAUGCCUCCUCCUUAUCCACCUCAUUAA